AACAAAAAAACAAAAGAGAACCUUUAACAACAGCCCAAACGAGAAGAUGACCUUAAAAAAGUUGCAGGAGAAUAAUUGCAAGCAACCUCUCCCUCUCUCACCCAGAUUUAACAACUCUGAGAUCAAUGAACGAGAGAUGUUUUAGUUGCUUCCGUAGGGAAUCAGACAAUGUAACUGGCUUUUGUCUUUUUGACUUCAGAGUCGAGCUUCAAUUCGAGUUGGCUACUAAAAAAAGUCAUUUAAACCCACUACAGAACUUCUCAAACCCACGACAUAACCAGGAUAUACUGCACAAGGUAGAAGCUUGAAACCAUCAGAUAUGGCGAGCAUCAUCCCAGAAGAGAUCAUGGUCGACAUUCUCUCAAGGUUGCCCGCCAAGUCUCUCUUGCGAUUCAGGUGUGUUUGCAAAUCCUGGUACACCCUUCUCCAUCGUCCUAGUUUCAUUCAAAUCCAUCUAAAUCGAGCUGUUGAGACCGAGAACGAUCGCAAGAUCAUCCUUACAUGUUCCGGAACUCGCAGCCUCUACUCUGUAGACUAUGAUGCCUGUGACAAGGCAGUACUACUUAAGCACCCACUUGGGAAAUCAGUGGUUGAGCUGCUGGGUUCCUGUAAUGGCUUAUUGUGCACCAAGGCUUCUGAUACGGGUGACAUGUUCAUAUGGAAUCCAUCCACUGGGGAGUACAAUAUAGUACCCAAAACUGAUACUAAACCCUGGAACGAUUCUGAGGUAUGGCGAUUAGCUGUUUUUGGAUUUGCCUUUGACCCAAUGAUUCACGAUUACAAGUUGGUUAAGAUUGUGUCCAUCUAUAAAGCAGACAUUCACUUCUGUGAAUCAGAAGUCGAGGUCUACACGCUUGGCAGCAAUUCAUGGAGAAGGAUUCCACACAUUCCUUUUAAAAUUUUUGGAUACUAUGCUGGGGUGCUUGUCAAUGGUGCUCUUCAUUGGAUGGCUUCUAAUGGAUCCUCCGAAUUGAUUGCUUCUUUUGAUGCCAUUACUGAGGAAUGCCGGGAGAUACCAAAGCCCCAAUCAGCUUCUGAGCAAUUGUUCAAUUUAGGGGUGUUGGGAGGAUGCCUCUGUGUCUCUACAGCUCAUGGUGUUGGUGUCAUGAUCGAGCUUUGGAUGAUGAAGGAUUAUGGUGUUGGGGAGUCUUGGACCAAAAUUUUUACAAUUUUGCAACCUAUGCGGACCACGCCUCUUAGGUACUUGAAACCAUUGGGCUAUAUGAAGAAUGAUGAAAUUCUAGUUGAGCGUGGUGAUGGAAAGCUGGUUUUGUACAACCCAAUAGCUGCAACAAUUAGAGAUCUUUGCAUCCAGGGUAUUUCUGCUACUUGGUUCAAUACAGAGAUUCUUGUGGGGAGCUUGGUUUCUCUCUAUACUCAAAACGGAGUUGAUGGGCAGCAACAGGCUUAAGAGAAAGGGGGAAAAAAAGAAAAGGUGAUGCAGGAGUGUAAGUGGCAACAAAAAGCAUAUGGGAAGGAGUAUUAACAGAAGAAAAUGGAUAAUAUAGUGAAAAUAAUUAUUUUACUAUGUAACUUUUUGACCAUACAUCUUCUGCAAUGUGAAGUUUAUGUCAUAACUGUUAAGUUUGUUGAUGUUCUGGAAGUUGGAGCAAAAAACAUGUGGGAAGGAGUAUUAGCAGAAGAAAAUUGAUAACAGAGUGAAAAGAAUAAUUUUACAAUGUAACUUUUUGACCAUACAUCUUCUGCAAUGUGAAAUUUAUGUCUUGACUGUUAACUCUGUUGAUGUUCUGGAUAGGUAUAGCAUUGGAGAUUCGCACCCUUUUGGUUAAUAGAUCAUCUAGAAUAUGAAGUUUGUAUCUGAGUUAUCUCUAA